CUUUCUGCCAUAAUAAUACCUUAAUAUUUCAAAUGUCCAGAGGGAGUAACCUCUUGAUUAUAUUCUUGAUUUUUCACAUUUCUAUAUCCACCUCUACCAUAUAUAUCCACAAACCUCUUUUCAUCUAAACUUUCAAAAAUAUCUAUAUUAGAUUUCACUCUUUCUUUCUCUCUCCGCCUUUUGCUCACUUUGCUCUGCCUUCAUCAUUCACUUCCCAAAACAACACUACCAAAUUCAUGGGUCUUAGAGACAUUGGUGCUUCACUGCCCCCAGGGUUUCGCUUUUAUCCCAGUGACGAGGAGUUGGUCCUUCAUUACCUCUACAAAAAGGUCACAAAUGAGGAAAUUCUAAAGGGUACCCUCAUGGAAAUCGACUUGCAUACAUGCGAGCCAUGGCAACUUCCAGAGGUGGCUAAGCUUAACGCAAACGAAUGGUACUUCUUCAGCUUUCGUGACCGCAAAUAUGCAACCGGCUACCGAACGAAUCGUGCAACGACAUCUGGCUAUUGGAAAGCCACGGGAAAGGAUCGUACGGUUUUUGACCCCUCCACGCGUGAGGUUGUAGGGAUGAGGAAGACUUUGGUGUUCUACAGGAACAGGGCCCCGAAUGGCAUCAAAACGGGUUGGAUCAUGCACGAGUUUCGCUUGGAGACGCCACAUAUGCCCCCUAAGGAGGACUGGGUUUUGUGUAGAGUGUUUCACAAAGGAAAAGCAGACAACGUUAACAGUGCCAAACUCAUGUAUGAGAACACAGUUCCAUCCCUAACUCUGGCUUCGUCAUCUCCAACCAACCAAACCAUUGGGUAUAACCAACUUCCCCAUUUCUCUUCCUCAAUCACACCCCAUCAUAAUCAUUACCAUCAUCAUCAUCAUCAUCAAAAUCAAACCCAAAACAACAACUCCUUCAUGGGUGUCCUUCACUUUUCUAGGGAAACAAAUGCAAACUCUAGCACCAUCACUCAGAUAAGUCCCAAAUGUGAUGAUGGCUAUGGCUUUCUAUGGGACAUGGAGAUCGAAGAAAAUAGCUUCCAUGAUGCCGUGGCCUCCAACACGGUCGACGGAAUGAGAUUCGAGGUUGAUAAUAAUAGUGUGGUCUUGUUAUGAAAAAGCAGAAAAAAUAAAAAAAGUUAAAUGUGUACAUAAUAUAUAUAUAUAUACCUAUAUAUAUUGUGGUUCAUAUAUGCGUAAGUUACGGAAAAUUGUUGGUGUGAUGUGAUAAUGGUGUUUAGCUUUAGGGGGCAAGUCACGUGAUUGGAGUGGGAUCGGUUGUUCCAUGGUUGGGCCACUAUUCAAGUGCUAUAUACCAGUGUUGUUAAUUAGUUUUUUUUUUUCGUAUUAAUAUUAUUAUUUUUUGGGUGGGAAAGGUUAUUUAUAUAUACAUUUAGCAUUUGUAGAUGAAGAUAGUGAUAGAUACCUUAAUAUAUGUACCAUUUGUUAAUUUAUAAUUCAUAUAUAUUAUUACUGUUCACU